AAACCGGUCGUGUGUACAUUUUUAACCGCAGAAUACAAAGAGAUAUGAUAAUAACACUUGAAGUUGUUUCAAAUAGGGCUGGCUUGUGAUAUAUAGGCGGGUUUGUGUUACGCCUUUAGCUGAUUUUAAUACGGAAGUCGUAUGGCACAAAUCACGUCUUCACAUGUGAAUGAAUCACAAUCAUAAUCUUCUACGUGAAUAGUUAUGUUUUCUUUGGAGAUCUUAGAAGAGAUGACUGGAGUGUAAGGAUUUACUUUCGGUGUAAAAAAAACGCAAAAAGGCGGAAGAAUUUCCAAAAGAUAUUUUUAAGUUUUUGUUUCGUCGUUUAAAAGGUUGGAUGUAAAAUGUAACAUGCUAUAAACUCCGUGACUGAAAAUUAAAAACAGAUUUGACGACACUACACGGAAAUUUGUAACUGAAAAAAAAAAAAGAUUUGGGAUAUCUUUGAAAAGACUUAAACAAAAGAAUGGGUAAGAUUAUAGAAUUUAUCACGUGUAUGCUUCUAGCGUUUCGGAGUUGUUCUUGUGGUACAGUUACACGAAUACCGAUGAAGUCAUCAAGCAAUUUCACACAAAAGAAUGAAACAGAAUGGAAAGAUACUAAAAUCAGCUUGACAACUACAACCCAAAGUCCAUCCAUUGCUUCACCUGCGAAAUCUGCAUUGCCAAUGGAUAUAAUUACAGUUCGUCAAGAAUCAUAUCGCACACGCCGCCCGUUAAAACAGAUGCCAUGUUGCAUACACGGAUCGGCUGCCGGGAGAUAUGGAUUACGCUGCGAGGCGAGAAAGGAUUUUUUCACUGCAAGAUUCAACAUUAUUCACCUUACUAAGCAGAAAUUUAUGCAGAAACAAUACCGCCACCAUUUGUCGCAUUUGUCAAUAAAAAUUGAGAAGUGUGCACAGACUGUUAAAAUGAAGAGAGUAUUUCGGAAAUGCUGCAUUAAAAUGCAGAUGUCGAUUGGUUAUAAAAGAAGGUAUUAUUUAGGAUAAUUUGAUGGAAAUAUGCGUUAACGUAUUUCUUCUCAAACGCCGACCUUUGCGUCCAGUUUGGUAAGGUUGAGGAAACAAACGCCCAGCCUUGACUGCAGCAUUAAUUCCAAACACCGUUUAAAAAUUUGGGCAUUUUCCCUUUUUUUCCAUACGAUUUCUUCAACGAACUGUGCAAGCUUGUUUUUCCUUAUAUUUUUUUUUAACUUUUCAUCUUGUAUUUCAUAUGUUUAUUUUUUACAUGAAAGUGAAUUAAAAAUGGCACACGCAUGGCAUAACUGACAGAAUAAAAAGAGAGUCUUUAGAGAGUCUUUAAUUAAAACAAAAAAAGUGUUUCUCCUCCACGUUGUUUGUCCUCCGGCAGCAUAUCAAGUUAUAAAAAUAGACGGGUGCCAUUUUAAAAAUGUCGAAAUUAGUCAACCUAAACCUGAAGUUCAUAGAAAGUGCGAACUUUCUCAUCGCUCCUUGACGAGCUAAAAUUCUAAUAUAUUUUCCGUAUGGUAAAAACCUAACACUAAACCUUAUUAAAAGCAGAUUUUGAAGCAGUUAUUCUUCCGCAAUACCAGAUCUAACAUAUUUCUUCCAGUUUUUCCCUCUUGUUUUCAAUUUUAGUGUAAAAGCCGAUAUUUAUUUUCACUAAAC